CCAGAUUGCAGCAAACCACCGAGCAGCGUCGACCUCAAUUGCAAAUUGUAAUAGCCCAAAUUAGCUAGGUACUUGACCAAAGCAUCUCAAACUAACGUUACCUAGCUAGUUUAGCUAAAUGAAUUGUUCUGUAAUUUUCGCCGUUCAAUAAGCAUUAAAAUACGAACUGUGGUCCUUGUUGGAAUUGCGUGGGAAGAAUCUCUUCCUACGGUUGUCAGUGGUUAGUUAGCUAGUUGUCUUUCGUUUCGAGGUCAUCCUCACCAGUGUGUAUCGAGUUAGCUAACGUUACAGCACGCUUUUUAGAGACGGUAGGCUUGACUAGGUAGCUAACUACACAACUCGCUAACAAUUUAGCUAACGUUUGUUGAAAGUCGCCUCCAGUUGGAAAAGAGCAGACAUGAAGAAUCUUCCGUAUUUCUGCCGGGGGGAAGUCGUUCGAGGAUUCGGGCGAGGAAGCAAAGAACUAGGGAUUCUCACAGCCAACUUCACAGACUCUGUGGUGGAGCUCCUGCCUGGCGACAUCAGCACAGGAAUCUACUAUGGCUGGGCGUGCGUGGACACCGGGGACAUCCACAAGAUGGUGAUGAGCAUCGGCUGUAACCCUUACUACAACAACGCCAAGAAAUCUAUGGAGACUCAUGUGAUCCACACGUUUAAAGACGAUUUCUAUGGACAGAUCCUCAGUGUAGUCCUGGUGGGAUACAUCCGUCCAGAGAGGAGCUAUGACUCACUUGAUGCCCUUAUAGCAGCGAUCAACAAUGACAUUGAGGAGGCCAAAAGAGAGCUGGACCUCCCAGAACACCUCAAACUCAAAAAGGACAACUUCUUCAGAGCCUCUGCCAGCUCGUCCAUGACGUCGUCCAACAAGAUCAUGAAGGACCAUUGACAUCUGAUCAUGCAACACGUUGUUCACUCUCGCAUUGCUCAUCACUCGGUAAAGUCGGUGUCACAAGUAUCCAUCCAAAUGUAAUUCUUCACUAGGCCUAGUGACCUGGCCGACAGAGGCCUUGCUUGUAUUUUAGUGUGGCGCAAACAUGAACCACUGAAGUUAAGGAGUGCCACGAUUACUUCAUCAAAAAGAGUCAAGUGAUUUUUCCAAACACUGCUUUGGGUGUUUUCCAUUGCAGUUUGAAUGACUGGGUGGUUGACAACUAAUGGGCUCUCCUGUCUGUUAUGCUCUUUCUCUCGCGCUCUUUCUGUCGCGUUCUUUCUCUUUCUUUUACUCUCUCUUUUUCUUUCUCUCUUUCUUUCUCUCUCUCAUAUAUAUAUAUCUAUAUAUAUAUAUAUAUAUAUACUGCCAAUAUGUUACUUUUUCAAUCCUCAGCCAGAUUCUAUCCUCACAACAAAUCUACAGUCAUUGGACUACGGUCGUGUUCAUUAGGGCACAUAACCAAAUACACUUCAGAAUUGGACAAGUUUGGUGCCUAAUGACAUGAUCCUGGUAAUGUGCAACUCCAGGAAUUGAAUGUGUGUUGAGAGGAGCCCUGUGCCACCAAACCCACUGCUAAAGGUGGCACCCUAGUGGUUAGAGCGUUGGUCAAGUAACUGAAAGCUGCUGGUUCAAAUAACUGAGCAGAUGAGGUGAACAAUCUGUUGGUGCCCUUAAGCAAGGCACUUAACCCUCACUUGCUCCAGGGACGCUGUACUAAUAUGGCUGUCCCUGGUAAACACUGUUCCCUGCACCUAUCCAGCGUAUGUGACAAAAUGUCCUUUUGAAAUUAAUGGUAAUUUUGUAUCAUUUAGAAUUGGUGUUCAGUCUCAUGGCUUUGCACUUAGUUUUUCCUCCUUUUCAUAUUCGGGUGUAUUCAAAAUGUCUGCCUUGAAGCAGAGAAGUCCUCAAUAUCUUGCAUUUGAUCUAGGCUAAAUAGUUGCAUUAUACACAGCACUGAAUUAAUCCGCAUUAUUUUAUUUGAGAAACUGAUGUUCUUAUUUGACCUACACAAACUGCAUUGUUGGCUAAAGACAUGCUUGAAUGCAGCUUCAGUUUUCAGAUUUUCUUAAUUUGUAUAGUUCCUCAUUGGUCAAAUCCAGCAUUCUCCCACCCCAGCAAUGAGGGCCGUUUUAUUUAACGCUAAAGAUCUGUCUGAAUUUUUUUUAAUGGGUCCACUUAACUACGUUGAAAGUUUCCCGCAUUUUUUUGUGUCCAGAAUUUUGUUUUUACUGACUAAACCUUGUUUGGACCCUCAUUCCACUGAGAUGGUAUACGAGAAGACUGAAGCCUUGUUCACACUGCAGGCCUUAGUGCUCAAAUCAGUUUUGGUUUUCAAAUCCGUUUUGGAGUACGGACUGUC